AUGAAUAAAGAGAAGUAUCUGGAUCUGGUAAAAGAUAAUUUAGUACAAAGUGCGGAUAAAAUGGGAAUUAGGGAUUCGUUUACGUUCUAUCAAGGCAAUGAUCUCAAGCAUACGUCUGGUAUUGUAAAAACUUGGCUUAUCUGGAACUGCCCACAUGUAGUACCGACACCUCCACAGAGUCUAGAGCUCAACGUUAUUGAGAAUUUUUGGUCAGUGCUGGAAAAUAAAAUAGGAAACCACAAUAUUUCUAAUGCUUCUGAUCUGAAACGAGCACUACAGGAAGAAUGGGAUAAAAUUAGUUCCGAUUAUACAGCAAAACUUGUAGAAUCUAUGAAUUCCCGAUUAAAAGCUGUUCUGAAUCAAAAGGGAUACCCCACUAUGUAUUAG